AAAGGCCACAUAUUAUUCCAUUUGUAUGCAAUGUCCAAAACAUGCAAAUCCAUACAGACGGAAACUUAGAUUAGUGGUUGCCUGGGACUUGUGGGAAAUAAAGAGUGAUGACAAAUAGGUACAGGAUUUCUUUUGGGGCAGGGCUUCGACGGUGAUGAGCUUGGUGCUGAGGAACCUGCAGCGGGCGGUGCCCCUGAGGCGGGCGCGGCUCCGCGAGAAGGUGCAGGCAGUGCGGAGAGCCCUGUGGGUGCAGAGGUUCGACCUGGGGGUUGUCUGUGUCGACAACAGAAAGAUUCAGCCGAUUAAUAGAAUCUACAGAGACAAAAAUACCCCAACAGAUAUGCUUUCCUUUCCAUUUCACGAGGAUCUGAAAGCAGGCAAAAUUCCCCAGCCUGAUUUUCCAGAUGACUAUAAUUUAGGAGACAUUUUCCUGGGAGUGGAGUAUAUCUUCCAGCACUGCAAAGAAAAUGAAGAUUACUAUGACAUCCUGACUGUGACUGCCACCCACGGGCUCUGUCACCUGCUGGGCUUCACACACAGCACGGAGGCCGACUGGCAGAAGCGGUACCAGAAGGAGAAGCAGGUUCUCAAGGAGCUGAGCAGGCACAAAGGGGCCAGGUUUCAGCCCCUGAGCAAGGGCCUCUUCUGACCGAAGUGCCACAG